CCUUUGUCACGCAAAUCUCCCUGUCUACUACUACACUCUACUCCCAGGCAGCAGCUGAGGAAGGUGUGGUCAUGACUAAGAUCUCGUAUUGAACCGUGCCUUUCUGUGUGUCUUCUCCUAGCUUUUCUUCUCCGGUUUCCACGACUCUCGACCUCACUCUCAUAUUCCCAUCAUCCUUCACAACCUCUCCCGUCGAGAUUGCGCUCUACGCAGCGCGUCUCAAUCAUCCACCGGCAGUCAUGGACCGCAAACAACUGCCAGGACAAGAACUGGGCGUCAUUAGUUCACCGCAACCAGCCCAAGAUGUGCCCAUCGACAAUGGCCCGUUCGACAAAUCCUCGGCAACAGCAGACCCAGAAUCACCAGUCAAACACCGGAGCAGACUUCGAAUUACCAUGAUUCUCAUCGCCUUGUAUCUCUGUCUGUUCGUCGCCGCACUAGAUGCCACGAUCGUUGCCACGGCACUACCGAAAAUAACUGCUGAUCUUCAUUCCGCUGCUGGCUAUAUCUGGAUCGGAGGCUCCUACCUCAUCGCCAAUGCUGCCGCCGCACCGAUCUGGGUCAAGUUCUCCGACAUUUGGGGUCGAAAACCAAUCUUCCUUGCGGCUAUUGUCUUGUUCUUCGUCAGCUCCAUUAUUUGUGCCGCGGCCGUCGAUAUGCAAAUGCUCAUUGUUGGCCGCAGUUUCCAAGGUGCAGCAGCAGGAGGCUUGAUCUGUCUGGUCAAUGUCGGCAUCUCAGACCUCUUCAGUGUUCGCGAACGGAGCUUGUGGCUCGGUCUCUGCGAGGGGGUCUGGGCUCUGAGUGGAGCAGUCGGACCUUUGCUGGGAGGCGCCUUUGCCCAGGCCGCUACCUGGCGAUGGUGCUUCUGGUGUAACCUUCCCAUCUCUGGCACCUCCUUCCUACUCAUUGUCCUUUUCCUGGACGUCCACAAUCCUAAAACACCUGCCAUGGAUGGCAUCAAAGCCAUCGACUGGUUUGGCUGCAUUUCAAUACUGGGAGUUACCGUCAUGCUGCUGCUCGGUCUCGACCUUGGUGGUGCUGUCUAUCCUUGGGGAUCCGCGAAAGUCGUCUGUCUCAUCGUGUUUGGUUCUGUGCUGCUCUUCGUGUUCAUCUACAGUGAGAAGAAACUGGCCAAGUAUCCAGUCAUACCGUUGUCGUUGUUCGGUACGAGAAACGUUGCCACGCUUAUGGUCACCUUUUUUCACGGAAUGGUUUUUAUGGCUGGCGAAUACUACCUGCCCCUCUACUUCCAAAGCGUCAAAGAAGCCGCCCCGUUGAAGUCCGGCUAUCUCCUCGCGCCAUUGAUUGUAGCGACCGCCGGGACAGGUGUGCUGAACGGAGUCUUCAUCCACCGUACAGGAAAGUAUAGAGGGUCACUGUGGCUUGGGUCAAUCUGCUUGACAUUAGGCACUGGUCUCUAUAUCAUGCUGGACGCCAAAUCAUCCAUUGGGAUGAUCUUGGGCUUUGAAAUUAUUGCAGGAAUAGGCUCAGGGCUCAUGUUCGAGCCGCCCCUUAUUGCAAUUCAACAAGGUGUCGAACAAGACGACGUCGGGACAGCUACUUCGACUCAGAGCUUCAUUCGAGCCUUGGCUCUGUCAUUGAGCGUCAUCGUUGGUGGCAUUGUCUUCCAGCAGAGCAUGGACCUUCAAAGAACCAACUUGGCCAAGGCUGGCUUGCCAGCAUCUGUGCUGGAAGAACUUUCCGGGAAGAAUGCCGGCGCAAACGUUGAUGUUGGCCGCACUCUUUCGCACGCACAGGACCUCGCCGUCAAAGACGCAUUUGCGUGGAGUAUUCGGAACAUGUGGAUCAUGAUGACAGCCCUUGGAGCUCUUGGGAUCAUAGCCAGCCUCUUCGUCAAAAAGAAGCAACUCUCCAAAGAACAUCGCGAGACCAUCACGGGCUUGAGGAAGGAGUCGAUUGAACCAUCAUCCAUGGCUUAAGGGUGCAUACACUGCUGCUGAGUAUGCAACUAGUCUGACUCGCAUUUUAACAUGCGUUUCAUCCGGUCAACGGUUCGAGACUACGACGGCGACAGUCAAGACCUCACUUUCAACAGCCACUUUGAGGAGUGCUCGACAACCACUGGAGCACCCAUCUUCAUCCAAUCACGGGGAUCAAGUCCCUCGGUGAUGCUUAAGCACCGUUAACAACAGCACUCCAUCAUUCGACAAGCCAUACGUUCUUGAUAUG